CUCAAGUCUGAUUAUGUCUCAGAUUCUACAAAUCCAAAACUAAGAAUGAGCUUCGAUCUCUACCUCAGUCCCAAGGGUUUUAGCCUCCACCCUCCUCUUUUGGCCCAGGGAUUGAGGCUCAUUCCUCCUCCUCAGUCUCAAGAGUCCAGGAUCAACACUCCUCCCUCAGACUUGACUAGGCCCCAGCCCGCUUCCCUCAAACCUAAGAGUCCAGGUCCAGCCCUCCCUCAGAUUCAAGUCUGAGCCUCGACCCUUCUCCUUCAGACCCAGAAGAACAGACUCAGCUCCUCCCUCAGGGAUCCAGGGUCUCUAUGGACCAGGGCUAGGUAUUGCUUUCCCUGUAGCUAUCUGAUCAGGGGUCAUCAGGAGCAGAGCCGUGGGGCAGAAGGAAUGUAUGUGGGAGGCUUAGGUGAAGAAAAGGGUGUGCCUGGCUUCCUCCUGGCUAAGAGACUAGAGGAGAGAGGGGUUAAAAGGAAGCUGGGAGAGUCAGACAGAGCCUGCCUCUUUCUGGAGGCCAUAGAGCCUGGCAGAUUUCUUGGAGACAAUCUACUGCUUGGGACCCCACACCCAACUGUCCCCUACCCUGUGCAACUUGGAUCUUAAAGCAACCUCUUCAGUCCUCUCCCUUAUCUCCUGGAGCACCCUGCCUUGCUGACUCUUGCUGCCUCUGGCUUCCUGUGAUAGGCGGUGUCAUUUUUCCCACCUAAGUGCUGGCAGGCACUGCUGGCCAUUAACUAGGUGGCCAUGAAGACGACGGUGAAGAUGCUGGCCCUGUGCUUGGUUCUUGUUAAGUCAGCCUGGACCGAGGAGCAGGAUAAAGUGGUACACGGUGCCCCCUGUUUGAAGAACUCUCACCCUUUCCAAGCUGCCCUCUACACCUCGGGUCACUUGCUGUGUGGCGGGGUCCUCGUUGAUCCGCAGUGGGUGCUCACAGCUGCCCACUGCAAAAAACCGAAUCUGGAAGUGCGCUUGGGGAAACACAACUUACGGCAAACAGAGAGUUUCCAAAGGCAUAUCUCUGUGGAUCGGACAAUUGUGCACCCCCGAUACAACCCUGACACCCAUGACAAUGACAUCAUGAUGCUGCAUCUGAGAAAUUCGGUCAAAUUCUCUCAAAAGAUCCAGCCUCUGCCCUUGAAGAAAGACUGCUCCAAGGAGAGUCGCAGCUGCCAGAUCCUAGGCUGGGGCAAGAUGGAAAACGGUGACUUCCCGGACACCCUUCAGUGUGCUGAUGUCCAGCUGGUGUCCCGGGAGGAGUGUGAGCGUGCCUACCCUGGUAAGAUCACCCGAAGCAUGGUGUGCGCGGGCGACAAGGAAGAAGGGAGCGACUCCUGCCAGGGUGAUUCUGGAGGUCCCCUGGUAUGUGGAGAUCGUCUCCGAGGUCUUGUAUCAUGGGGUAACUUGCCCUGUGGAUCAAAGAAGAAGCCAGGAGUUUACACUGACGUUUGCUUCCAUACCAAAUGGAUCCAAAACAUCAUAAAAACCAAGUGGCUCUGACAUGAGAUAUCCAAUUCUCGACCUACGACUCCCCCUCCCCUGACUGGCCACUGAUUCUCUCUCCCUGAGACCCUACCCUACCUACCCUCGGAGCCUUCAGAUGCCCACAUCUGACACUGAUACUUAAUAAAUGUGAGACACUGA